AUGUCAGGUACUCGGCCUGCAGCGCCUAUCGCCAAAGGCACCUUGGCCACGGCCAAACAGUGCUGGGGCGACCUCUUCAGGUGGGAAAUGCGCGUUGAAGUCGUUAACGAACUGGGCGAAAAACACACCGAAUGGCAAGCGCCCGAACCCCUUCAAAAUCCCAUCAGUAUGGCCGCCCAGCUCUCCGCUAGGGACUGGCUUUAUUUCCUAGUCGGGCUAUUCGCCUGGCUCGCCGACGCUUUUGACUUCCACGCCCUGUCGAUCCAGACCGUCAAACUGUCCAAGUACUAUCAUCAGUCGAAGACAUCAAUCUCUACCGCGAUCACCCUCACUCUCCUUCUUCGCUCCGUUGGCGCUGCGGUUUUUGGUAUGGCCGGUGAUCGAUGGGGACGAAAGUGGCCGAUGGUGUUCAACAUGUUGGUCCUAGGACUACUUCAGAUUGCAACCAUCUACAGCGCGACAUUUUCGCAGUUCCUGGCCGUGCGAAGCUUGUUCGGCCUCUUCAUGGGUGGCGUGUACGGAAACGCCAUCGCGAUGGCCCUGGAGAACUGUCCGGUCCAGGCCCGUGGUCUUAUGUCUGGAAUUUUGCAGCAGGGAUACUCGAUGGGAUAUAUUUUUGCAGCCUGUGCGAACCUUGGUGUUGGAGGAAGGGUCGAGUCCUGGAAGAUAGUAUUCUGGAUUGGUGCUGGCCUCUCGUUUCUUGCCGGUGUCAUUCGCGUAUUCCUCCCUGAAUCGAAGCAAUUCCUUGAAGCGAGGAAAGCCGGGAAGAAAGGCCUUACCGCUAGUGCGUUCUGGGCGGAUACGAGGCAGAUGCUGAAAGAUGAGUGGCGUAUUGUUGUCUAUUGCAUUAUCCUGAUGACUUGGUUCAACUAUUAUAGUCACACCUCGCAGGACAGUUACACGACCUUCAUGCUCACUCAAAAGGCGUUAAACAACUCCGCAGCUAGUCGUGCUAGUAUCCUUAUGAAAACCGGAGCCUGCGUGGGUGGCACAAUAAUUGGAUACGUCUCUCAGUGGUUUGGCCGUCGUCGAUCAAUCGUUGUUGCUGCUCUCAUGAGCGGCGUUUUGAUCCCAGCCUGGAUUCUACCUCACGGAGAACGCAGUCUUUCAGUAACAGGCUUCUUUUUGCAAUUCUUUGUGCAAGGCGCUUGGGGUAUUAUCCCAAUCCACCUCAAUGAGCUAUCUCCACCCGCAUUCCGCUCUAGUUUUCCGGGUAUCACUUAUCAACUCGGCAACAUGAUAUCAUCCCCCUCGGCUCAGAUUGUCAACGCCAUUGCAGAAUCUAUCAGCAUCAAAGGUGACAAUGGCAGGCCAGCUCCCGCGUACGGACCAACUAUGGCCGUUGCCACGGCAAUCAUUGCUUUGGGUAUUGCUGUGACAACUGCAUUUGGCCCUGAGAAGAGAGGUCGGAAGUUCGAAUUAGCUCGUGCAGCUGGGGCUGUGGAAUUCCCUGAGCCAAAGGAUAUUGAACAAGGUUCGGAGAAGGGGCAAGAGAAAGGGGAUGUGGGACCAGUAAAGGUGGAGGAGAAAUAA